CUUAAAUCCCCGAUAUAUUUUUAGCAGCAGACCAGUUUUAGAAUUCAAACUUCUACAGGUCGUCUGUUAUCAUGGAAUACGAUUGCGAUAGCAUUUCUCCAGCAACAAUAAAUAUUGUGAUGAAUCUAGUUUCAAAAGUAAAAGAGUAUGUCAAUUGUUGCCGAAAAACUGCUACGCUUAUUACGCAUUUAAUCAAAAAACAGAGAGAGAAAAAUAAAUUUCAAAAUAGAAGCUACUGGGAAAGCGGAAAUCUUAAUCACAUGCGUACAGAAUCACAGUUAGGGCUCAUGAAACAACAUCUGGACAAAAUUCUUCGCGAGAAGCAACGAGAAAAUGCUGUAUUGCGUGAAACGAACCAAAAAUUGCGAGCAGAACAAAGAGAAAAGUGUAAGACAAUAAAAAAUUUAGAUCACAUUCUUUCUUCCCUAGACAAUCAAAUAUGCUGCAGUGAAAACAGUCUAAAAUAUAAAGAAAAAGUCGAAGAAUUUAACGUGGAAAUUCAAAAACUGAAAAAGCAACUGGCAAUAGAGUUGAAAAGAUAUCAGAAAGAGCAAAAGAUAAUUAAAAGAAUUAAAAGUAAAGUUCUAAAUGAAGACGAUAUUUCUGCUCAGGAUAAAGCAGAAUUUUCAGACGAUUUAGAAGAUAAUAACGCAAAAGAAAGUAAGAAAGAAUGUGCACAUAAAAAUAAAGACGAUGAUAAGUUUUGCGAUAAAACACCAGACAUUAUCAAUUCUAGUACAGAUUCUAGUAUUUUCGACGAAAUUUUAGAAGAACCGGAGUUCGUUCGUCGAAUCAACUACGAUGUUUCAACUUGAAUCACCCAAAUGCUAAAAUCAGUAAUCAAAAGAAGUUCUUAAAACAUAAAUUUUUAAGCUAUCAAUUGGCCUCAUUUUCUAAACAAUGAUUUAAAGAUUCUCCCUUCUUUACACGAUGUUAAAUAUGAGGUCACUAUUUCCAAGCAUACUGAAAUUAAAUUUUAAUGAAUUUUUAUUUUAUAUUUACAGAUGAAUGAUCAAAAUUAAACUCAAUUAAAUAUAAAUUUAAAAAAUACGUUUUUCUAUUCAAACUUUAAACUGAUACGCUUGAAAGAUUUUACUGUA